AUGCCGUGGGAGGCGACGGAGACGACAUGGAGGCAUGAGCUUGGUGUAUUGGUCAAAUACGCCGUUCCGAUGGUCAUCACCUCCACGCUACAGUAUUCGGAAGCUAUGGCGUCUGUCUUCUCCACUGGACAUCUGGGGAAGACGGAGUUAGCUGCGUCUUCGCUUGGCUCCAUGACGGCUGUGAUCACGGGUAUCUCGCUGUUCCAGGGUGUUGCUACUGCACUGGACACGCUUGCUGCACAGGCAUAUGGAGCUGGUAAUACGAAGCUUUUGGGGUUGCAUCUACAGAGAUGUGUCAUGCUGUUGAUGUUGAUCUGCUUUGGACCUGUUGCCGCGAUGUGGUUGAAUGCUGAACGAUUACUCCUGGCGCUUGGACAAGAACCGGCAUUGGCGCAUCUGGCGGGGAAGUACUUGAAGAUUUUGAUGAUCGGAGCACCUGGGUAUGCCUGUUUCGAGGCGAUGAAGAGGUAUUUGCAGGCGAUGGGUCUCUUCAAAGCGGGGACAUACAUCCUCUUCAUCGCCGCACCGUUGAACAUCGUCCUCAAUUACGUCCUUGUAUGGCAUCCAAAGGUCGGACUCGGGUUCAUCGGCGCACCCAUCGCGGUGUCUUUUACAUGGUGGCUCAUGGCCAUCCUUGGCGCCCUGUACAUCAAAUUCAUUGAUGGCAAACAAGGCUGGGAUGGAUUCAAACGCGAAGCGUUCAGUGGUUGGGGUCCGAUGAUUCAGUUGGCUGUGCCGGGGGUCUUUAUGGUUUGUUCUGAGUGGUGGGCAUUCGAGAUUUUGGCUCUCGCGGCGAGUUUCUUGGGGACAGCAUACCUUGCUGCACAGUCUGUCCUCUCGACCACGACGAGCUUGACCUUCCAGAUUCCGUUUGCGGUUUCUGUUGCGGCGAGCACGCGGGUUGGAAAUCUGUUGGGAGCGGGAUUACCGAAGCCCGCCAAGACAGCGGCGAAUGUGGCGAUUUUAGUUGCGGUUGCUGUGGGAGCGUUCAAUAGUUUUUGGUUGGUGAUGGUGAGGCAUCGGUGGGGGUAUCUGUUUUCGGGGGAUGAGGAGGUCGUGACGAUCGUUGCGAACGUCCUUCCACUCGGUGCAUUCUAUCAGAUUUUCGACUCCGUCACCGCGAUUUCGGGUGGUGUCCUCCGAGGUCAGGGAAGGCAGAAGAUCGGGGGAUACGCAAACGUUUUCGCAUACUACGUCAUCGCCCUGCCGUUGGGUAUCCCACUUGCUUUCAAGGCCGGGUGGGGGUUGUACGGGUUAUGGGCUGGGAUCACGAUUGCGCUGGUGGUGAUUGCAACGUUGUUGACGUAUGCUGUGUUUUGGGGUGAUUGGGAUCAGAUGGCAGAUAAGGCGAAAGAGAUGAGCCAGGAGGAGGCUUGA